CUCCUGGUGAAGCAACCAAGAUCCACCUGACAUUACAAUAAAGAUGGCGUCUAUUAAAGAGGAGAGUGAAGACAUCAAGAUUGAAGUAUUCAGAGUAAAACCAGAAGAUACUGAGGAGAAAACAGACCUAAUGUCGCUGAAAGAGGAGAGUCAAGAACUGAAUAUAAUGAAAGCAAAAGAUCAGAAUGAGAAACAUCAUGGUUUGAUAACUGGAGAAAAAUAUUUUAGUUGCUCACAGACUGAAAAUAUUUGCUCACAAAAAAGAGCUCAGAAGAUGGCAACUAAAAGUAAUUUCACCUGCCAACAGUGUGGAAAGAGUUUCAAUCAGCAUAGAGACCUUAAAGUCCACAUGAGACUUCACACUGGAGAGAAGCCAUACAGCUGCCAACAUUGUGGAAAAGGUUUCACUCAAAAAGGAAGUCUUAAAGUCCAUAUGAGAAUACACACUGGAGAGAAGCCUUUUGCCUGCCACUGGUGCGGAAAGAGUUUUACACAUAAAGGAACCCUUAAUGCCCACAUGAGAACUCACCCUGGAGAAAACCCUUUCGCCUGCAAACUGUGUGGAAAGAGCUUCUCACGAAAAGAAGGUCUUAAGACUCACAUGAGAAUUCACACUGGAGAGAGGCCGUUUGUAUGUGGUCAUUGUGCAAAGAAUUUCAGAUGUAAAAUAAGCCUUAAUUACCACAUGAGGAUUCACUCAAGAGCGAACAGUAAUCAAGAGAUAUGUCGUCAGUGUGGAAUGAGUUUCACAGACCGGAAUCACCUUAAGAAUCACGUAAUAACUCAUAUCGGAGAGCAUCCUUUCAUGUGCCAUCACUGUGGAAAGACUUGCAAAAGCAAAGCUAGCCUUGAGGUUCACGUAAGAGUUCACACUGGAGAGAAGCCUUUCACCUGCCCUCAGUGUGGAAAGAGUUUCACAGUUAAAGGAAACCUUCAGACUCACAUAAGAAUUCACACUGGAGAGAAGCCUUACACUUGUCCUCAGUGUGGAAAGUGUUUCACAUAUCAGAAAGACUUGAAACGUCAUUUGCAAAGUCAUUCUGAAAAGAAAUUGCACAAUUGUGAGUCUGACAAGAGGCUAACAAAAAGCAAUUUUGAAAAUCAAAUGCACAUUCACUCUGGAAGGCAAUUUAAUUGUGUUCUGUGUAAUAAAAAAUGUCUUUUGCCAUCUCACUUACAGAUACACAUGAAAAGGCAUGCAUUUUUGAGACCCUAUUUUUGUUCUUUGUGUGGAAAGGGUUUUAAAUGGCUCAGAAGUUUAAAAUGGCACCAGAAAAUAUGCAUCUGUGUGAAAUUAUUUACGAUUGUAUAGAGGCGUCACUUACAAUUUUGUUUCGACUUUAUAUCUCAGAAUCAAAUUUUUUGAUAAACUAGCUUUCAUCUUGCUGUGAAAUACAACAUUGUAAGUAAAAUUUGAAAUAAAAGGACAAACUGAAAUAA